AUGGGAAGAAGGCCCGGAAGGUGCUACAGAUAUCUGUCGAAGAAGGCAUAUCCGAAGUCGAGAUUCAACAGAGGGGUUCCAGAUUCGAAGAUACAGAUUUUUGAUCUUGGGAGGCGCAAGGCUGGGGUUCUCGAGUUUCCGCUGCUGGUCAACUGCAUCUCGAACGAGAGGGAGAACCUGUCCGCUGAGGCACUGGAGGCAGCCCGUAUAUGUGCAAACAAGUACAUGGUGAAGCAUGCUGGGAAAGACAACUUCCACCUAAGGAUUCGGGUGUAUCCGUUCCAUGUUCUUAGAAUCAACAAGAUGCUGAGCUGUGCAGGGGCCGAUAGACUUCAAACGGGGAUGAGAGGGUCCUUCGGAAAGCCUUAUGGGCGGGCAGCAAGGGUUGUGUUCAACCAGCCGAUUCUUAGCAUAAGGACAAAGGAGUCUUUCCGAGAUGCUGCUGUCGAGGCUCUGAGGAGAGCAAAAAACAAGUUCCCUGGACAUCAGAAGAUUCAGGUCAGCUCGAAGUUUGGAUUUACCAAUAUGUUCAGCGACGAGUUCAAUAAGCUCAACGAGAGCGGAAGGAUUAUUCUGAGGGGAGGAUCCUUCUCUGUGAUCAGGGAGAAGGGAAGCAUUGACAAGUUCAAGAGGGACCUCGAGUAUGCGGCUAAUAAUUAA